GAAUGAAAACACUCGAUUCGAUGCUGUGAAAGAAUUAACUUCGCUAAGGCCGACAACUGUUCGUAUCGCAAUAAAUUUGCAAACGCAACGCUUAGAUAAAGCGACAACAAAAAAGGGGACUGAUUGAACAAGAAGGACGAGCUAUGGUCGCGCGUAAUUUCCCAGUGCAAGAUCUCAGUUAUUCGCGUUUGCUGCAAAUACCGGACGACGAGAAGGAAUUUAUUUCCCUCGAAGAACUUAAGCCGGUCAGUGUGCAAAAUGUGGAGCAACCCCAGCAUCCCUAUGAACCUAGUUACUAUGAACUUUCGAAUAUGAUCGAACAACCCUGUUCCUCAACAAUUUACCAAACGAAUCAACCCGCUCUUGACUCAUCUAAUUCCAGUUUAUUAGAUAUGCACAACGUAGAUAGCUCUAUUAAUACCAGUAGAAAACGAAAAGCUUCUUUUCACGAAACAAGUGAUGUAGAUGAUGAUGCAUUCGAUGAUUCAAAAUCAGUAAAAACCACUGAUGAAAAUAAAAAGCAGAACCAUAGCGAAAUCGAGAAGAGGAGGCGAGAUAAGAUGAACACCUACAUAACUGAGCUGUCCUCGAUCGUACCUAUGUGCCAUGCGAUGUCCCGCAAACUGGACAAACUGACCAUAUUAAGGAUGGCCGUCCAACAUUUGAAAACUAUACGCGGGGCUGUCCACUCGUACACGGAAGGCCAUUACAAGCCAUCGUUCCUUUCUGAUCAGGAAUUGAAACAUUUGAUAUUGCAGGCUACCGAUGGAUUUCUCUUCGUUGUAGGAUGCGACCGGGGAAGAAUUCUAUACUUAUCCGAGUCAGUCUCUAAAGUAUUGCAUUAUUCUCAGGAUGAUCUUUUGGGUCAAAGUCUCUUUGACAUUUUACAUCCGAAGGAUGUGGCAAAAGUUAAAGAGCAAUUAUCGUCGUCUGAUUUAAAUCCUAGAGAAAGACUCAUUGAUGCCAAAACAAUGUUGCCAGUUAAAACAGAUGUUCCUCAAGGAGCAUCAAGACUCUGUCCCGGUGCUAGACGUUCCUUUUUCUGCAGAAUGAAGUGCAAACUAUCUACUCAAGUCAAAGAAGAAGCUGAUACUACAACAGGAUGCCAUAGAAUAAAAAACAAACAGUCAUCUGAUAAGAAAUAUAAUGUGAUUCAGUGUACGGGAUACUUAAAGUCUUGGGCGCCGGCAAAGAUCGGUUUGGAAGAACAAGAGGGCGAAGGCGAUUCCUAUAACUUAUCGUGUCUCGUAGCAAUUGGCAGGAUUUUGCCCCAUAUUUCAACCGUAGCCGCUACCAACCAAAGUAGACCUAACGGCAGGUCCAUCCAAUUCAUAUCCAGACAUGCCCUAGAUGGAAAGUUUUUAUUUGUAGACCAAAGAGCCACCUUAGUAUUAGGUUUUCUACCUCAGGAAUUGUUAGGGACUAGUAUGUACGAGUAUUACCAUCACGAUGAUAUAAGCUUCGUAGCGGACUACCACAAGAACGCUUUGCAGAACUGCGAAAAAGUUACUACUAGCGUAUAUAGGUUCCGAACAAAGGAUGGUAGUUUCAUCAAGCUCCAAAGCGAAUGGAAACCCUUUAAGAAUCCUUGGACUAAAGAAGUGGAAUACUUGAUUUCCAAAAAUAAUUUAAUAUUGACUGAUUUCAGAACUGUAGAAAGUACGGGCAAAUCAGAUGAAAUUCAAGAAAAUUUCGAUGCAAAUUUUUUUACGCAAACUAAUGGAAAGGAUAUGCAGCAGAUGAUUUCAAAUCAUAUUGAGGCCAGUAAAAUUGGAAGGCAGAUUGCAGACCAAAUGAUGGAUUCCCAAAGGAGAGGUGAAUCUCCAACAGUUAGUGCCGAUUCCGAAGCAGAAUCUUCUAGAGAACCACAAAUCUCUACUAGUAGAGAAUCCGAGACACCAAUAAUACAAGAGUAUUCCAAUUCUCAAAAUCAUUAUCAUACGAGCAAUAACAUUGCAGUGGUGUGUAAUAUUAGUAAUGACGCAGGAGCUGGAAAUAUUUCAAAUACUGCAGAUGAUAGAAUCAUCGGAAUAAUUGAGGAUGCAGCUAGGGAACCAACGAACGAACCAUCAACAGAUGGUAACGAUGAAGCGGCGAUGGCAGUCAUAAUGAGCUUGCUUGAAGCAGACGCAGGCCUUGGAGGUCCUGUAGAUUUCACAGGGUUACCGUGGCCGUUACCUUGAGAGAAUUAAACUGAUCUUAAAUGUUC